UUGCACAGGGCGUGAAUUAAUGUGACUGGUAAACAUUCGUCUAGGAUUGCAUCAUCCCCAGAUCUUAAUCUUCUUGCUUCCUUGCACGGAGAUACGAUGGUUCAAGUUGACGUCCUCAACUGCUUUGGAACGCAUCUUUUUCAAUGCGAACAAUAGAAAAUUAAAGACAGCUGAUGCAAUGUUUAUUCCUAAGUUCAUUUGAUGAACAGGGUAACGAACCUAUAAGGUAUUUAAAGACCUGUCAAAUUCACACCUCUGGAAUUUUUGGCCUCUUUGUGUGUUCAAGUGAGGGCGCCUUUUCAACUUAAUCCAGCAUGGCGGACGUCGUGGCGAAAGGGGUGACCAACCUGUCCGUGGAAGACAAGAAAAAGGCAUGCUAAACCUUCCCGUUGUUUUCAAUUCGAAAUAGCGCAGAUAGUGUCCCGCAUGUUAGCCAGAGCUUUUGGAAGGAUUUCAGGACGUCAGCUUGUUGGUAGAUGCAAACGAGUCUUGUCUUCGGUAAACUGCACUUCGUCCAUUGUCGCCUGGUCAUGGAAGCUAAGAUGUCCAGUAAAGGUGACAAAAAGGGAAAAGAGCCUGCACCUGGAGCCUUCCCUGUGGAGUUGGACCCGUGGCCGGCGUACAUCCAGGAGAGAAUAGACCUGUUUGACAAGCUCAAGGCAGAAGCCGACACAGCCUUAGCUGCCAAAGAGCGAACCCCCAUCAAGGUUACCCUCCCCGAUGGUAAGGAGGUUGAGGGCAGAGCGUGGGAGACCACACCUUACACGAUAGCCGCUGGCAUCAGCCAAGGGCUCGCCGACAAUUCUGUGGUGGCCAAAGUCAACGGCAUCCUGUGGGACCUGGACCGGCCCCUGGAGGUGGACAGCCGGGUGGAGCUGCUCAAGUUCACCGACGACGAAGGCCAGCAGGUGUUCUGGCACUCCUCUGCCCACAUGCUGGGCGAGGCCAUGGAGAGGCACUACGGGGGUUGUCUGUGCUACGGCCCGCCCAUCGAUAGUGGCUUCUACUACGACAUGUUCCUGGAAGGAAGGCAAGUCUCCAGCAACGACUUCAAGACGCUGAUGGAGGUCGUCAAGAAGAUCCAGAAAGAAAAGCAGCCGUUCAUUCGGCUGGAGAUGAAGAAGGAAGACCUCCUGAAGAUGUUUGAUUACAAUUUGUUCAAGAAGCGUAUUCUGAAUGAGAAGGUCACCACGGCAACCACCACGGUAUACAGAUGUGGUCCGUUGAUUGACCUCUGUCGAGGCCCUCACGUCCGACACACGGGCAAGGUCAAAGCUGUUGAUGUCGUCAAGAACUCGGCUACCUAUUGGGGAGGGAACGCAGAGGCCGAGUCCCUUCAGCGCAUCUACGGCAUUUCCUUCCCGGACACAAAACAGCUGAAGGAGUGGCAACAUUUCCAGGCGGAGGCGGCGAAGAGAGACCACCGCAAGAUCGGAAGGGAACAAGAGUUGUUUUUCUUUCAUGAGCUCAGCCCGGGCAGUUGCUUCUUCCAGCCCAAAGGAGCCCACAUUUACAACACUCUCAUCGACUACAUCAAGAGUGAGUACCGGAAGCGUGGAUUCCAGGAGGUGGUCAGUCCCAACAUCUACAACAGCAAGCUAUGGCAGACCUCUGGACAUUGGCAACAUUAUUCAGAUAACAUGUUUGCAUUUGAGGUAGAGAAGGAGAAGUACGCGCUGAAACCGAUGAACUGCCCCGGCCACUGCCUCAUGUUUGAUCAGCGCCCGCGAUCGUGGCGUGAGCUGCCCCUCCGCAUGGCAGACUUUGGUGUGCUGCACCGCAACGAGCUGUCUGGCGCCCUCACCGGACUGACUCGGGUCAGACGCUUUCAGCAGGAUGAUGCGCAUAUAUUCUGCACCCAGGAAAUGAUCCAGCAAGAGAUCAUGGGUUGCUUGGACUUCUUGAAGACUGUCUACGAAACCUUCGGCUUCACCUACAAGUUGGCUCUCUCCACCCGCCCUAAGAAGUUCCUGGGAGAGAUCGAAGUCUGGGACAAUGCAGAGAAGCAACUUGCAGCCACACUCAGCGAAUUCACCAAAGACUGGAAACUGAACCCUGAGGACGGCGCUUUCUACGGACCAAAGAUCGAUAUCAACAUCAUGGAUGCCCUGAAACGGUCCCAUCAAUGCGCCACCAUCCAGCUAGACUUCCAACUCCCCAUCCGCUUCAACCUCAAGUACUCCAGUGCUGAGGGGAUUGAGAAGAGACCGGUUAUGGUCCAUCGUGCCAUCCUGGGAUCAGUGGAGAGAAUGAUCGCCAUUCUGACGGAAAGCUACGGUGGAAAAUGGCCUUUCUGGCUGUCCCCUCGCCAAGCCAUGGUCAUCCCCGUCGGUCCCGUCUUCAACAACUACGCCAGCGAGGUCAAGGACAAGAUCUUCCAGGCCGGCUUUCUCUGCGAGAAGGACCUGGACGCAGGCGACACCAUGAACAAGAAGAUCCGCAAUGCCCAGCUGGCUCAGUUUAACUUCAUCUUUGUUGUCGGAGAGAAAGAAAUGACCAACAAGACGGUCAACGUUCGCACCCGAGACAACAAAGUGCACGGCGAGCACAGCCUGGAUGCUGUAAUUGCACGCUUCCAAGCACUCAAAGAGACCCGAGCCCUUAACAGUGAAGACUCAUUUUAAUGCUACAUCAAACAGCCAAGAUCAACCAGUCAUACAUGAAACAGUAGUAGAGAAACACAAAGCAACAGGUGAAGAAUAUCUGUUGAUCGCAGUGUCAUAGGAAUUCAUCACAAGUGUCCAAUUAAAAAAAAAAAGAAAAAAUUUCAAGUUCGAGUGUGAACUAUACAACGUAUACGAUGCCAAGGAGCACGUGAAAGCUCGUGGGAAACUCCGUGGGGCGUGUGUUUACAAUUUGUGUGAGGAGGCUUACUUUUCAAAUCCUCAAAUUCACCAGCCGUACGUAUAAUCCUUGAGGAAAAUUCACUCUCUUCGGUUGCGUGUCAGUGUGUCGAUCAAGUUCGGGAUUGCCAACUCUUUAUCGUGCUCACUAAAAUGCAGUUCAAAUCAGAAAUCUUGACACUUGAAGUGCACUGAGUAAGUGUCUUUAAAUGGACCGUCUGCACAUGUAAGAGCUUGGAAGUUAUUGCAUGUUGGUUUUAGACAGAAUUUGUUAUCAAUCAAAGUACGACUUUAUUUGCAAAAAAAUGGUAAAAAGGUGGUACAUGUAUGUAGCCGUUAGGAAGCAACUUUGUGUGGAAUUGCUCAAUGCUGUAUACACAUAAUUGUAAAACUAAAACUUAUAUGCAGAAUUACAGCUCUCACUGACGAUAUUAAACAGUGCAGACAUAGGGAAAUCAUAUUUGAUUUGGGAUGGCUCGGGAGCAUGCCUGCUGUUGGCAACCUGUGUUCAAAUAUGGGCUUAGCUUUACAGCUUCGUCGCAAUAGCAUGGAAAAAAAUAUUGGCGUUCAGUGGUGAAAAAAGUUUGGCAUGGAUUUAAUAUCUACAUUGUCAGCAUGUAAUGUUUUGCCGACUGUAACAAAGGAUGCUAAUCAUUUACUGCUUUUUCCCCGUGUACUGUUUCAACUAUUUUGAACUUUUAUUCACGUAAUGAGAGUGCACUGCACAUGCAUGUGUGUUUCAGAUGAAAGCCAAUCAGCCAGACAGAACCAGUAGAUUUGAAACUAAAUACAUAACUAAUUAAGAUUUCUAAGCUGCUCAAAUCUCAACUAAGCAUGUUUUAUUCUGAAUAACAAAGCUGAUGCGUAUGCCAUCACCUGCAGUUUCCAACAGUGUAAAUUUUAACAAGAAAAUGGUUUCCAAAAAAAAUGGAUUUCGAGGUACACAUUUUAAAAGCUGUUGCAUUCGACAGUGAUAAUGUGCUUAGCCUUUUUAAAACUUUGCUAAUUGCAAAAAGUGUUUUGAGUUUUGUUUUCCAACGGCUGAAUCAUCGAUAUUUAAUCAUUUCCAUGCUCUGAAACAAGCCAAGGUAUUUCUAUUGUCAGUGUAGAAAUACCUAAUGGACCGUACCCAGAGGACCACGUGAGCUGUCGGAUGGGGCUGUUGAGCCCCUCCAUUGAAACAAUUCCACAAAAUAUGAGUAACUUUUGUCACCAGUCGAGUAUUAGGCACUGUCUGCUGGUGGCAGGAGGGGGUCAGAGGUCAGUGCACCCCCCUCCCCACUUGUGUGACCUGGGGGCAUGUUCCCAUACUUUUGAUAGGUCCUAGUAUGGGGCGGGGCUUCAUCAACAGCUCCCUUCCUUGUAAAUCAUUCCGCCAGCGUUGACACUGUCUACUUAAUUUUGCCUUUAUUCUUCACUUAGCACACACUUGUAAUGCUAUAAAUUCCUGUUUUCAGGGUUUUGUGGGUUGGGAAAUCAAUGUGAUAUUUGAAGGGAAUCGCAAUAGCAUUUGAUGUGUAAGUGCUAAGAGGUAGUGUAGGAUUUUUAUUUAUUUUUUUAAUUAUAUUUGGAGGGGUUUUGUUUGUUUUCAAGAAACAGUGAAUUGGUAAGGUGAAGGGCUGUGGAAUAUUGAUCUUUUCUUUGAACGUUUGCCUUUUAUGAUAACAUUAAUUGCUUAGAAUGUAGUGCCUAAAAUCGAUUUUGUUACGCUGUUGAAUUGGGAUAAGUCUGCAAUGGAUGAAGUUAAUUUGAUUUUACCUGAUACCAGCAAUGUUGAUUUCACAAAUACAUUCAAACUUUCCAAAUCUCUUUACCCAUGCGGCUGCUGCAUACGGUUGCUAAGCAAAGGUUAAUGCAACGCCUGGGCUUUUAUGUAAUAUGAAAACAAGAAUUUCACGAGCAAAGUCCUCUGCAUAGGUGUAGAGAUGGGGGAGGAACGGGUGCACGUAUCCCUCACUUUUGGGGGUGGGGCCAUUGAAUCACCCCCCCCCCGUUUUUUCAUGGUGAGAAAAAUUGAAGAUGGAUCAUGAGGAAUUGUUCAGAUCCCCAGCAACCAAAAUGUAUUCAGUAGCCAGCAAUGUAAGGGAGAACAGUUUAUAAAAAAGCCAUAAAUAAAUCAUUUUGAUGUAAUAUUCUGCAGGAGUGGAAUACUUUACAGAUGGACGCCCAUAUCAUGAACAUCGACCCCUUGUGCCAUAUUGUGUCAACCCCCCCCCGUUCCUGGCACGUAUUAACUCCAUUGGAUCUCUGAACGUUCAAAACAAAUGAAAAGUUCUUGUUAAACUUGACCCGUGGAGAAAAUAAAGUCUGUUGCAAUUUGUCCGGCCUCAGUCAUGUCAGUACAUUUAGUGUCUUUUUUUUUGUUUACUGGUUGCAAUACUAGCGUUUUCCUCAGCAAAUGCCAUACACGUUUAUGUGCAGAAUAAAAUUCCAUAAAAGCUGGAAAAAAUGGAA